AUGACAACGAGUUUUAUAAACUCAACAUCGAAAUUACCCAAUGCAAUCGACUGACAUCAAAAUAGGAAACUGACUCUUUAUUGUACGAGGAAUUAUGCUACGGUGUUCGCCGUUGAGAUUUCUUUANUUGAUUUUAUUCAACGAAUUAAUGGACUUCAAUCAACAGAAGAUGUUCGACAAAUCGUUUUUAAUUCUUCUUAUCUUAUUCUCGGACUGGGUGAUGUUUAUCUUGGUGCUCCAUGUGCAAUUCCAAUUGAUCCAAGACAUCGUUUAGUUACUUCGAAAUAUAAUCCAGCAAGAACGUUUACUCCCGAGGGAACUGUUGGCAUUGGUGGAGUUUAUUUAUGUAUUUAUGGAAUGGAUUCACCUGGUGGUUAUCAACUUAUUGGAAGAACUUUACCUAUUUUUAAUACUUUCUGUCAAAAUCAAAUGUUCAAAGAUCAAAAACCUUGGCUUUUCAGAUUUUUUGACCAAAUCAGAUUUUAUCCUGUUGAUGAAAAUCAAUUAGAAAUUCAAAGAGAAGAUUUUCGACAUGGAAAAUUACAAAUCAAAAUCAUUGAAGACAACUUUUUUGAUUUAAAUCAAUAUGAUGAAUUUCUUCAGAAAGAAAAACAAAGCAUCGAUUUAUUUCUUCACAAAAGAGACGAAGCUUUUAACAAAGAAAUUUCUCUUUGGAAAAAUUAUGAACAAGAUCAAACUCAAACAACAAUUUCAACAGAAAUUCCACAAGAAAUAGAAGAAGAAGAUGAAGAAAAUGAAAAUAUAAAAACGAUUCGUGCAGAUGUUUGUGGAAAUGUUUGGAAAAUUUUAAUCGAAACAAACCAAUUGGUCAAUGUUGAUACUCCAAUUCUUAUUCUUGAAGCAAUGAAAAUGGAAUUAAUCAUUCGAUCACCUUGUCAAGGUCAAAUCAUCAAUAUUCGUUGUCAAAUUGGACAACUUGUUUCAAAUAAUGACAUUCUUUUCAAAAUUCAAUCUACGUGA